AGUUCAGACCAGGUCGCCUUGACCAAUGCCACCAUAUUGGAUGGCAGCAUGGGCAGGCCCGACGGUUCCCUGGCCGACUCAUUGGGCUCUGUGGCUGUCUGUCUUCCUCCUUCUGAGACCACUUCUCUUCUAACUGAUUCUCUCCUCCACACCUCAGCAGUGGUGAGCUCACAGACACAGGCAGACAUAGUCAGACGGGCAGACAGAGACGGGCAGACAGACAGGGAGAUAACAGGGAGAUAUGUUUCAAUAAUAAGGAGUCAUUUUAAAGUGGAUGCCCGUCAGACAAUAACAUUGUUGGUGACUCAUGGACCAUUUACCUUGUCAUACCAGUAAUCACAAAGCAUCAAAACUGUGGACCAUAGUGAAAGAUUUCCUCCUGCUUUGGUGAUUGUUGACUACUUUCUAGUCUGCUUAUUCUAUUAUCCUGACUCUGAUUGUAGAUGUGGGUCUAAAUGAACCCAUAUAACUUUUGACUCUGUUUCUGCCUAUUCACCAUCAUGUGUAACAGACACACAUUAUACUGAAAUACUGUACACUCAUUAAACACUAAUCAUGUACACCAGUGCCACCUAGUGGCCAAUUAUUGACACUUCCAACCAGUAAAAACCAUACAACUCAAUGUAGAAGUGCUUUUCCAUACCUCACCGCAGCCCUGAGUUUUCUGUCCCAAUAGAUGCUGUCCCCACAGUAUGUUCUAGGCUAAAUUAUUCCGAGGCCGUCCCUCUCAACCAUGGUGUCCCUCUUCUCUUCCCGUAGAGCGUGGACGAGGGUGGCGAAGGCGAGUAUGUCAACCUGUACUCAUCCAGCCAGGCCAAUGGGGAGCUGGAGCUGCCUCCCUGCCUCAGAGUAAGUAACUAAUGCACUCAACCUAGUAGGAUUGUCACGAUACACCAUGGCAAAAAAAUGAAAGCACGAAGCAGACUAAACUCGUUGCUCCUUUAUGCCAAACAUUGUGUGCUAAAGCUUGGGAAAAAUAAACACAUGACUACAUAAGGCAGUUUAGGACUGUUUUCCUUAAGAAAUUACAGCUCUAGGAUCAGAUUAUUGGAACAAUAUUAACUGUAAUCAUUAGGGGGAAGAGCAAAUAUCUGAUCCUGUAUCAGUGGUUAAUGACAACUUCUACCUAUUACAUUAGGGGUAGCUAACUCCAUUUCAACUCUGAUGGAGACAGCCUUUGUGUAAAUGAUGUGUUGGUGUUCCAUGAUUCCUGCUCCUCAACCUACCUUGACAGAGCUUACUCUGCCCCACACAGCCAAUCGCUGCUGACGAUGUCAUUCAAGACCCCGCCCCACAGAUGCCCUCCUCCAAUAGCAAGGAGGCUCUGGACAAGGACAGGUAUGGGAUAAAGUGACCGCUCAGGUCACAUUGCAUAAACAGUCCCUCUCCCCUUCAGGCGUAAUGUUUUUACUUGAUCCGGUGAUCCUAGAAGGUAAAACGCCAAUUAAAUGAAAUGGAUACUGAUUAAUGACAAAUGCUAGGUAUAUGUAAGCAUAGACAUAGAAUUACUAGACGAGACAAAGCCCCUUCAGACCAGUGACAUUUGAAUGGAACACUUAUCAUGGGUAACAAUUCUAUUCUAGGUAAUAAUUUAAUGUCUAUGUAUGUAAGUUGAGGUAAACUGACCUAACGGUGCUUCCAUCUGUCUGUCUUUCUGUCAGCAGGAGGCAGAAGUCGACAGACUCAGUCCAGAGCGAUGAGGAGGAAGUGGAUGAGCUCUCUCUCAUCGACCACAAAGAGAUCAUGUCCCGGAUAACACUCAAACAGGAGGUAAUGCUGCCCUCAUUCAUGACUGCACUAACAUUAUUACCCAUGUCUAUUGGCUAAGUGAGCAUUGUCUCUAGAAAACUGUGUGGUUGUCUUUGGCUACAAUUUCUUUAAAUGCUAUUCUGUUCAUGUUACAUACUGUAUGUGAGACUCUGACAUAAGAAACCUUCACACUGGUGGUAUUGACAUUUCACUCACAUUUCUUCGACUUACUCUCAGUCCACUACUGACCUCUAGAGGAACUGCAGGGCAUGUUUCCUCAUUAUAAUUCCCUUUCCUUUUUUAGGUUUGGUGCAGUCUGACAGACAGGUGUGUGUGUGUGUGUUUGUGUGUGUGUGUGUGUGUGUGUGUGUGUGUGUGUGUGUGUGUGUGUGUGCUGAUCCCGGUCCCCACUCUGCAAGGUCAGAGGCAGAGAGAGAGAGGGAGAGAGAAAGGGAUAAAGAGAGAGGGAGGUCUGGUUAAUCAACAAAGGACAACUGUAGCGGUAAACCAGAGUAUUAUUGUUAGGAUCUGUCUGCUUGUGUGAUUAGUCUGUGUCCUGCGUACGCCAGCCCUCUCCCUCGCUCUCUCCCCCUACACUCUCAUUCUCUCUCUCUCGUCAGUGGAGCUGGUGCUGGGGAGGGAGAGCAUGGACAGAGAGGAGAGAGCUUCAUUUUGGGCGAGACUGCAUCUGCCGUAAUCCUCAUAAAGGGGCCCCCUAGACCCUCUGCCGGGCUAAGCCCGGAGGGUCUCUGGGGCCGAGAGAGGGUGGCGCGCCGAGAGGGAGCGAUAAAUUCUCGCCGGAGAACGCGCGGAUGCUCUGGGGUCUCGAGCCCUAUCUCUCUCUUUCUCGAGAGAGAGCGAGGAGACGAAGUUGAGAGAGAAAAAGGAGAGAAGAGAGAAAGGGGCGAGCGAGUAGAGAGAGAGAGAGAGAGAGAGAGCGAGAGAGGAUAAACGAAAGAAAAACACGCGAGAGCGAGAGAGAGAGGAGAAGAGAGAGAGAGAGAGAGAGCGCGACGUAGCGAAGAGAUAGCAAGAAACAAGAUAGAAAGAAAAAACAGCGAGAGAGGAUAAGCGAGAGAGAGAAGAGAGAGAUCUCGCGAUAUAGUAUAAGAUAUCGCUCUCUCUCUCAUCUCUCUCUCUCUCUUCUCCUUCUCUCUCUCUCUCUCUCUUUUUCUAUCUCUCUCUCUCUCUCUCUGUCUCUCUAUCUUGUACUGCCUCGACCCCCCCCUCUAUCCCUCUAUCUUCCUCGCCCCCCUCUCUCUCUCCCUUUUCCUUUCUCUAUCUGCCUCACCCCUCUCUAUCGAUCUGCCUUGCCUCCCUCCUGUCUCUCUCUCUCUCUCUUUCUCUCUGCUCUCUUUUUCUCCAUCUCUCUCAUUCUCCCCCUCUCUCUCAGAAUGACGAUGGUCCUGAUGUGCGUGCUGGAUCAGGGGAUAUUCUGUUAGUCCACGCCACAGAGACAGACCGCAAAGGUAGGUAGCAUUUAUCACCGUUCGACAGCAGCCCCUAUUAGAAUGUGUGUUACUGUGGUUCUGGGUCAGUGGCACAGUGUGUGUGUGUGUGUGUGUGUCAUAGAUCUAGUUCAAACCAGAGGGAUCUGAUCACAAUUUUUGUCUUGUUAAAUUGGUCUACAGUGACAUGUGAACAGUUGUAGAAUAGCUGCAGUAUAUCUUGACAUAGAUAGAACAUUCUUGUUUUUCCAGCUUAUUUCUCUGUAUAUCAGAGGUUACCAGACGUGUUCCAUCCUAUUCAUGUCAUCCAUGCUCUCUAAAGUUGAGAGGAUCCAUCGUUAGUUGUCAACCUCAGAUGAUUUGUGGUGGACUUAAAGGGGUGGACUUAAAUGGGCGGACUUAAAGGGGUGGACUUCUCCUCUGCUCCCCUACAGAUCUGGUGUUGUACUGUGAGGUCUUCCUGACCACAUACAGGACCUUCAUCAGCCCAGAGGACCUAAUUAAGAAGCUGCACUACAGAUAUCCUUUUUUGGUUGCCUCGAGUGUCUCAACACCAGCUAGAUACUGUGUGUUGGAAUACUAACAACUCAAUGGAUAUGGCUUGUGGUGAUGAGAUAAAUACAGAAAAGGUGUGUAGGUAAACGUGAUUGUCCCAACCAUGUUGACACCUAAAGUGACUGCUGUGAGAGUAGAAAAAAUAUUCAUUAUUUUGUGAAUAUGGGAUCUAAUACUUGAGAGUGCAGGUCAUUUCAGUAUUCUCCUUGACCACGGACCACAUACACCAGGUUCUGUCACAGUCCAGACACGUUUAAGAAGCGGGUCAGCAAGAACACCUUCUUUGUGCUCGUUAGAGUGGUGGACGAACUGUGGUGAGUAUGGAUGGACAUAUUCUAUACAGUACCUAACUCAGACUCUCUGUAGAGCCACAGAGGUGGCUUUUUACUGUUAAAGCUCCACUCUCUCUGGAGAUGGGACCCAAGGGUCUUCCACAAUCUUUCUAGGCAGUAGAUAGCCCUGGGGAUCCAACAUAUCAGAAAUGACUUCCAAAGAGUGUGUUUGAAGCAGACAACCCUCAAUGGUAACUUACCUUUCAGUGUUAAGUGAAUUAACUUCUCCUUCCUUUACUGUUCUCCUCUCCCCCCUCUCCAUCAGUCUGGUGGAGUUAACAGAGGACAUCCUGAAGCAGCUGAUGGACCUGGUGUUCAGGCUGGUGUGUAACGGCGAGCUGAGCCUGGCCCGCGUGCUCCGCAAGAACAUCCUGGACAAGGUCUGUCCACCAACACCACCACCUUCACCUCCCUCAACACCUUCACCUCCCUCAACACCUUCACCUACCUCAACACCUUCACCUCCCUCAACAGCUUCACCUCCCUCAACAGCUUCACCUCCCUCAACAGCUUCACCUCCCUCAACACCUUCACCUACCUCAACACCUUCACCUACCUCAACACCUUCACCUACCUCAACACCUUCACCUACCUCAACACCUUCACCUACCUCAACACCUUCACCUACCUCAACACCUUCACCUCAACACCUUCACCUACCUCAACACCUUCACCUCAACACCUAUCCCCCUUUAACAUCUUCACACUGUGUUACACUUAAUAAAAGUGCUAUGGUGUAUAGAUCAAAUCUAUUGGUAUUGUCAGUUAGAAUAUUCAGGACAGGGUCUCAUUCUGCAGUAGCUUGUGAUUAGGAGGCAUUUUGAAUGUUAUGUCUGUAAAUGAAUUGUUGUUAUUGUUUUGAAGGUGGAGCAGAAGAAGCUGCUGCGCUGCACCAACUCCCUCAAGCCGCUGGCUGCCCGGGGCGUGUCCGCAAGGUAGGGGUCAACCAGGGGUUAAGGGUCAGGGGUCAGGAGAGAAUGGAAGGGGCUAUGACAACCUCUUCUUGCGUUUGCUUGUACAAUCGAUGUUUGCUUUCUGUCAUUAAGCUUUUUUGUGUGUGUGACCACAGGCCCGGAACGCUGCAUGACUUCCGCAGCCAUGAAAUCGCCGAUCAGCUCACGCUUCUGGAUGCAGAACUUUUCUACAAAAUCGAGGUACCAGAGAGCCCUUUACUAUCCUUGUUUUGCUUCCAAUUCACUGCAGAGAAAUUGACAUUCUGCUCCAGUGAUCUAAUCCUAUAUAUCUCCCUCUUUCUCUCCUUAGAUUCCUGAGGUGUUGCUUUGGGCCAAGGAACAGAACGAGGAGAAGAGUCCCAAUCUGACUCAGUUCACAGAGCACUUUAACAACAUGAGCUACUGGUGAGAGCUGGACCUGAGCCUAUGCUUACAGCCUGUCUAUGCAUGACAUACCUCCCACCAGAUGGACCUAAUCACUCCCAAGUCACCUAGCUUUGCAAUGACCGGUCAACACCUCACAAUGGCCAAAACAAAAACACACACACACAGUCUCGCUUUCUCUCUCACACAACACUGUUUGUGUUUGUCCUCUAGGGUGCGGUCUCUAAUCAUUCAGCAGGAGAAAGGCCAGGACCGAGAGAAGCUGCUCCUCAAGUUCAUUAAGAUCAUGAAGGUGACCGACCUCAACGUUCAUACAAUCACAGCUCUUCCUCUUAACUAAAUAUAAUUUCCUGUUAACUAAAUAUAACUUACUAUAUCUAGUUAAUGACUAACUCUCUGGACAACUGUUCUUAUCCUAUUUCUCCUCUUUUUAUGUAGCACUUAAGAAAGUUGAACAAUUUCAACUCGUACUUGGCAAUACUGUCUGCCCUGGACUCGGCCCCCAUCCGCAGACUGGAGUGGCAGAAACAGACCUCAGAGGUGAGUCAAACAGUAGUGGAUUAAGUCUGACAUAGAGAUACAGUGGGGGAAAAAAGUAUUUAGUCAGCCACCAAUUGUGCAAGUUCUCCCACUUAAAAAGAUGAGAGAGGCCUGUAAUUUUCAUCAUAGGUACACGUCAACUAUGACAGACAAAAUGAGAUUUUUUUUCUCCAGAAAAUCACAUUGUAGGGUUUUAAUGAAUUUAUUUGCAAAUUAUGGUGGAAAAUAAGUAUUUGGUCAAUAACAAAAGUUUCUCAAUACUUUGUUAUAUACCCUUUGUUGGCAAUGACACAGGUCAAACGUUUUCUGUAAGUCUUCACAAGGUUUUCACACACUGUUGCUGGUAUUUUGGCCCAUUCCUCCAUGCAGAUCUCCUCUAGAGCAGUGAUGUUUUGUGGCUGUCGCUGGGCAACACGGACUUUCAACUCCCUCCAAAGAUUUUCUAUGGGGUUGAGAUCUGGAGACUGGCUAGGCCACUCCAGGACCUUGAAAUGCUUCUUACGAAGCCACUCCUUCAUUGCCUGGGCGGUGUGUUUGGGAUCAUUGUCAUGCUGAAAGACCCAGCCACGUUUCAUCUUCAAUGCCCUUGCUGAUGGAAGGAGGUUUUCACUCAAAAUCUCACGAUACAUGGCCCCAUUCAUUCUUUCCUUUACACGGAUCAGUUGUCCUGGUCCCUUUGCAGAAAAACAGCCCCAAAACAUGAUGUUUCCACCCCCAUGCUUCACAAUAGGUAUGGUGUUCUUUGGAUGCAACUCAGCAUUCUUUGUCCUCCAAACACGACGAGUUGAGUUUUUACCAAAAAGUUAUAUUUUGGUUUCAUCUGACCAUAUGACAUUCUCCCAAUCCUCUUCUGGAUCAUCCAAAUGCACUCUAGCAAACUUCAGACGGGCCUGGACAUGUACUGGCUUAAGCAGGGGGACACGUCUGGCACUGCAGGAUUUGAGUCCCUGGCGGCGUAGUGUGUUACUGAUGGUAGGCUUUGUUACUUUGGUCCCAACUCUCUGCAGGUCAUUCACUAGGUCCCCCUGUGUGGUUCUUGGAUUUUUGCUCACCGUUCUUGUGAUCAUUUUGACCCCACGGGGUGAGAUCUUGCGUGGAGCCCCAGAUCGAGGGAGAUUAUCAGUGGUCUUGUAUGUCUUCCAUUUCCUAAUAAUUGCUCCCACAGUUGAUUUCUUCAAACCAAGCUGCUUACCUAUUGCAGAUUCAGUCUUCCCAGCCUGGUGCAGGUCUACAAUUUUGUUUCUGGUGUCCUUUGACAGCUCUUUGGUCUUGGCCAUAGUGGAGUUUGGAGUGUGACUGUUUGAGGUUGUGGACAGGUGUCUUUUAUACUGAUAACAAGUUCAAACAGGUGCCAUUAAUACAGGUAACGAGUGGAGGACAGAUGAGCCUCUUAAAGAAGAAGUUACAGGUCUGUGAGAGCCAGAAAUCUUGCUUGUUUGUAGGUGACCAAAUACUUAUUUUCCAACAUAAUUUGCAAAUAAAUUCAUAAAAAAUCCUACAAUGUGUUUUUCUGGAGAAAAAAAAUGUCAAUUUGUCUGUCAUAGUUGACGUGUACCUAUGAUGAAAAUUACAGGCCUCUCUCAUCUUUUUAAGUGGGAGAACUUGCACAAUUGGUGGCUGACUAAAUACUUUUUUCCCCCACUGUAUGUGAUAUAGCUAUACUAGAUAUCCAUACUCAAGUGUUUGAAUUGUAUUUCUAUGGUGUCUCUUUAAGAUACUCGGGUAUCGGGGUGUGCUGUGGGUAUAACGCAUUGUAACACACACUGUUGGUCUCUCCCAGGGAUUGGAGGAAUACUGCACUUUGAUUGACAGCUCGUCGUCUUUCCGAGCGUACCGGGCGGCUCUGGCCGACGUGGAGCCUCCAUGCAUCCCAUACCUGUAAGUCUGUGUACAUACAUGUGCAACUGAGCCGGGUAAUGUUCAAUGAAAUGGUGUGUUUUUGUGUACUCGUCAUAGGACUGUCCUUUAUCUCUCUGUUUCUCUCCUCUUCCUCCUCUCUUCUCCCAGCGGUCUGAUCCUGCAGGACCUGACCUUCGUCCACCUGGGGAACCCUGAUCUCAUCGAUGGGAAGGUCAACUUCUCUAAGCGCUGGCAGCAGUUCAACAUCCUGGACAGCAUGAGGCGCUUCCAGCAAGUGUGAGUAGAAAGGUCAUCCCAGGAGAAAAGCAUCCACAAACCUAUAGCGAGCAUGGUAUGAAUAUGGUCUAUUUCAGGGAUGGGCAACUGGCGGCGGGCCCCCCUUUUGUAGGCCUGCGGAGCCACUGCGGCUCCUCAUGAGUUCCAAUUUUUUUGUGGCUCCCACCCCCAUCAGUUGCCCAUCCUUGGUCUAUUUCAUGUCAUUCAAUAAGACUACAAUAAUCAUCCCAUGUGAGGUAAGCAGUGAACCAAAUCUUAUAUGAAAACCUUCAUAUUAACCCCCAUACAACAGAAGGUGCACCAUUUCCAGCAUUCAUAUUUGUAUCGCUUAUCCAUCGGCAACUCGUUCUGUCUGUCUUUCCGACUCUCCAAAGGCAUUAUGAGCUGAAGCGCAACGACGACAUUGUGUGCUUCUUCAACGACUUCAGCGACCACCUGGCCGAGGAGGCGCUGUGGGAGCUCUCGCUAAAGAUCAAGCCUCGAAACAUCACCCGGAGACGGACAGAGCGCGAGGAGAAGACCUAG